AUGGCUGGGUGGAAUGCUGGGCGUAGGCUCUACGCCACGAUGGGACUGAGUGCUGACUCCGUGGUGCCAGCUCACCAUCUACGUCAGAACAAAGCCCUUGCUUCGAUUCUCACCCCGCUAGCCAAAUCUACACCGGGCGAAUGGGUUCCCGUGCGAGGGGCGCCGAGGGCUGCACAACCUGGACCACGUCUCACGGAAGGGAGCUGCCCAGCGCGCAAGCUUGAUGAUCCCGCAAUCUGGGCGGCAAAAUAUGGAUCAAACCGCUUCAGGACCCUCCCGUUGAAGGGAGCGGUUGAUAGCUAA